AAGAAUUUCAGAAAGGAGGAGCGCAGUUGCAGUGGUGGGAUGGUCUGAGGUUUUUCCCAGUGGAGUGACUGUGGUCCUUGAUCGUGGUCCUCGACCUGUGGCUCUGUCCAGUCUGUCCCUGGCUACUGGAUGCCAGGUGGAUGCCAGGUCACCAUGAUGCCCUGGAAGAUGGUCAUUGUUGCACUAUUUUACUGCAAUAUCCACACAUGUGCCACUUAUCGGCAUAACAAAGUCCUUUACCCAUCAACGUUUCGAGUGAAGAGAGGAAUGGCAUCAAUGGUGAACCCCACUUUUCAGAACUCCAUAGAGGAUGUCAAUUUACUAUUUGAGAUCCUGCUGGCUGGCCUGCAGUUUGGAGACGAGCACACUCUGUUCUCCGUGCAGGACGAAGAGUUGGCCUCCCUGCGGAAGACCAAAAAGCUGGAAGUCAUCUGCGAGGACAUCCUGCCCAAAACACUCUCUGAUAUCCAUCGCCUGACCUCUGACCUUUCCAAUCACAUGGGCCACCUGCGCCUGGAGGACUUUGAGCGCACUGUGCUGACCAUGGUGUACACCGCCCAGCGGCUGGCCAACGCUACCACAGACCAUCAAAGAGACUUGUGGGCAGAGUCCUUUGUCAGUUUGUACAGAGCUAUCAAGCUGGACCUGACAGCUGAGAACGACCUCACAGCUAAAUGAUAUCGCAAUGUUGGGGAUUGAUACUGCCUUUAUUUCCAGAUCUCUAUUGGAGAAGGAAUUUCUCUAAUUUUCUAUUUUUCAUUAUAGAUACGAUGUUUCAGCAUGAUAUUCUUGGCAACCCUUGAGUACUAUAGAUCACAUGGACUCAAAAUUAAAGUUUCUGAGAUAUACUUUAAUCCUAUUGCUGUUUUUUAAAUGCAUUGGGACAAAAUAUUUAUUUGAUUUAUUUCAAACUUUUUAAAAGGUUUAUUACUAGUGUUACCCUGAACCAACUUGGAAAUGCAGAGAAAUAAGUAUGAUUAUAUUCAUUUUAAAAAUCAAGGUUUUUCUUUAAAAAGCACACAUUUUUGUAAAAUUUGUAUACAGUUCUUAUACAUAGUGUUAUCAUUAAAUACAAGAUCCACUGAAAAUAAAAAAAUAUUAACAAUGUACAACAUUUCCAAGCAAAAAUGUAUUCACACCCCAAAAAGCCAAAAGAUCCCUGCCAAAAGUUCAUUUAGAAAAUACAAAGCAAACCUAUACAAGGGCCAGGAUUCAAUCUGACCAGUGGUAACAAUCAUUACCAGACAAACGCAGAGCUUUUCAUAGAUUCUUUUGUGGGACAUUUAUCUGCAUUACAUGCUAACCAUACCGCACGCAUCGCGUGCGUUGCAAAAUUCACAUACAUACAUCAAUCAUUGCACCCACACUGCUCACGCAAGUCAACAAGCAUCUGCGUAGCCAGGUGCUAAAAUAUAACUUGGUUGCAUUUGUGACGCUCAACGCGCUGCAAGUCCUUCCUCUCCCAUCUCCUCAUUGGUUAUUAGGAGCAUAUACCAACAUGUGUGAUUGAAAGAUGAACUGAGAUCCACACUCCAGUCGGUUGUGGUAAUGCACCUUAAAGUUGGUUGCCAACUGGCAUUUAAAGUCCUAAUAAUAAAAAGAAGCCUGAACGAAGGAGGAGAGAUGACUAGAAACUAAUUUGGUUUACCGUUUUAUCUGUGGAUUAAUCGUUGGAGUAGAGUACUUGGCGGCAGUGUAGCCUAGUGCUUAGAGUGCUGGACUAGUAACCGAAAGGUUGCAAGUUCAAAUCCCUGAGCUGACAAGGUACAAAUCUGUUGUUCUGUCCCUGAACAGGCAGUUAACCCACUGUUCCUAGGCCGUCAUUGAAAAAAAUAAUUUGUUCUUAACUGACUUGCCUAGUAAAAUAAAUUUAAAAAUCACUUGUGCAUUUCAGGUAAAAUAACAACCCAAUGUUUAUAUCCCAAGACAAAUGAGCUAUCAAAAGCAAGCAAGCUAGCUAAAUUGCCAUGAAUGUUUAAUGCUUUUCAUUAAUUUGUCCCCAAAUAAAUAUAAUUGGUUCAGA